UCAUCACCGAGCGCCGGGUGGCCUGGACCGGGCGAAGGCGGAGAACGGCGGGCGUGAGGAGGCGAGAUGCUGAGCCGGCUUCAGGAGCUGCGCAAGGAGGAGGAGACGCUGCUCCGGUUGAAGGCGGCGCUGCACGACCAGCUGAACCGGCUCAAGGUUGAAGAAUUGGCCCUCCAAUCAAUGAUUAGUUCCCGAAGAGGGGAUGUGAUGCCGCCUUCUCAGCCUGCACCGCAACAGUCCCAUGAUCAGAUGUUGGUGCAUGUAGACAAUGAAGUGUCAAUCAACCAAACUGCACUGGAGUUGAGCACAAGGAGCCACAUGCCAGAAGAGGAGGAAGAGGAGGAGGAGGAAUCAGAUUCCUGAAGGGGAAGAAGAGCCAGGGUGAAAUGCACGUGUGAACAGACAGGCAUGGGAAGGAGGCCCAAAAGCAACAUGGCACACCACGCGGCAGGGGGCUCGCUUUUUGCUGCUUCCCAAACGCUUAGACGCCAGCCGCGUGGGUUGGUGUGCUGGGCUGGUU